AUGUCCAAACCACCUCUCUGCCGCACUGCUCUCAUAAAUCGCAAUACCAACGAAACCAAGAUCCAAGUCUACCUAUCCCUUGACGGCGGACCCCUCGACCCUCUACCCGACAAUGCAGACUUCUCCGCCGAGAGCGUUGCACCCAACGCGCCCAUCCCAUCCCAGACGACGAUUCACCACGCCUCCCAGUUGAAGGGGUCUCAGCAAAUCUGGAUAUGGACCGGCAUAGGCUUUUUAGAUCAUAUGCUACAUGCAUGGUCGAAGCAUGCCGGUUGGAGUUUACGGGUGCGGUGUAGAGGGGAUUUAGCUAUCGACGACCACCACACGACCGAAGACACACUCCUCGCCCUCGGCACCGCCUUCACCACCGCACUAGGCCCCCGCACCGGUCUCGCCCGCUUCGGCCACUGCUACGCGCCCCUCGACGAAGCCCUCUCCCGCGCCGUCCUCGACAUCUCCUCGCGCCCCUUCUUCGUCGGCAACUUCGACUUCGAGGGACCAAUGAUUGGGCAGCUGAAUAGCCAGAUGAUACAUCAUGGGUUGAGCAGCUGGGCAAUGGCGGCCGGCGUGACGCUCCAUGUGGACGUGAUUCGGGGUAGUAAUGAUCACCAUAGGGCCGAGAGUGCGUUUAAGGCACUGGCCGGGGCGUGUAGGAUGGCUUGUGCGAGGAUCGAGGGGAGGGAAGGGGAGGUGGGGAGUACAAAGGGGGUGCUUUGA